AUGAAGGCAGUCAUCGGACGCAGCGCCAUCGCGCUUGCCACCCUCGCCACCACCGUCACCGCAGCCAUCAUUCCUCGCCAACAAGGCUCCCUCCCACCCAUCACCGUCGAAGGCAAUGCAUUCUACGCCGGUGGAGAGCGCUUCUACAUCCGCGGUGUGGCCUACCAACCUGGUGGUGCAGCCGACGCCGCCGAUCCUAUGCUCGACAUGGAAGCUUUCACCCGCGACGUGGCGAAUUUCAAGGAGCUAGGCAUCAACACGAUCCGAAUCUACACGAUUGACAACUCGGCCAACCACGACGAGGCGAUGAAGAUGUUGGAUGAGGCGGGGAUUUACUUGACGUUGGAUGCGAAUACACCGGAUUACUCGCUCAAUCGGUUGGAUAUCGACUCUCUGCAUCAGUCGUACAACGAUGUUUACUUGCAGAAUGUGUUUGCUACGAUUGAUGCUUUCGCUGGAUACAGCAACCUCGCAAUGUUCUACUCUGGCAACGAAGUCAUCAACGCCAAGAACAACUCCAACUCCGCUCCGUACGUCAAGGCCGUCACCCGCGACAUGAAAAACUACAUCAAAGCCCAAGCCCCCCGCUCCAUUCCCGUCGGCUACUCCGCCGCCGACGUGACCGAAAACAUCUACCAACAAGCCACCUACUUCGCCUGCGGCGACGACGCCACCGCCCGCGCCGACUUCUUCGCGCUCAACGACUACGCCUGGUGCGACCCUUCCUCCUUCGAAGAAUCCGGCUGGGAUCAGAAGGUGCAGCUGUACGGCAACUACUCCCUCCCUCUCUUCCUCUCCGAGUACGGAUGCAUCACCAACCAACGCAACUGGGGUGAGGUCGGAUCUCUCUACUCGACCGACAUGACGGGCGUCUACUCCGGCGGUUUGGCGUACGAAUACACCGUUGAGCCGAACGGCUAUGGUCUCGUGGAAGUCGACUCCUCCGGCGCUAUCUCUCCGAACCGCGACUUCACGGCUCUUAUGCAGGCUUUCCAAGCGACUUCCAACCCCUCCGGCGACGGCGGUGCGCGCCGCCAGACGAGUGUCAUGGAGUGCCCAGCUGAGUCGGAGAACUGGCAGGUGUCGACGAAUCUCCUUCCUGAGAUCCCGAGUGGUGCUGCGGACUACAUUAAGAACGGAGCUGGUAAGGCGGUGGGACUUGCGGGUGAUGGAUCGCAGACUGCCGGUGGACAGUCCGAGACGGAGCCGGACUUGAGUAAUGGUGUGACGACGAGUGAGAGUGAUGUUGAUGGGCAGCAGAAUAACAAUAAUGGUUCAUCUGGGAAUGGAGGGGAUAAGAAGGGCGCGGCGAAUGGACGGGAGGUUGCGGUCAUGACGAUGGUGGUCGGGCUGGCGGUUGCUUUUGCUGCUGUGUUGUAA